CAGCCAGGGUGAAGGUCACCGAGAAUUUAGCACAUGUGUCUGCCAGCUUGAGGGGCACAUAGACAAGAUGGAAGGCUGUAAAGAAGAUUGAGACAGAAAAGAGUGAGGGUCACAGACUCAAUGCCGACUUUUAAAUGAUACACAGAAUUGUGCUACUAGUUAAGAUUUAUCAUGAGUCAAGGGCGUGGAGAGAACAACAGAGAUACUAUAUCCCUGCGUAAGCGCCCAGGAUUACAAAGAAUUAUCACAAAGAAGGAAGCCGAGAAGCCAAAAGAUGUAGAAAACCCAAAAGAAAAGGAAAAGGAUGGCGAGAAAGAGAAAGUUGAGCAAACUCAUGAAUCUCCGCCGGCCGCCGGAGGGCGUGGUAUACGAACCCGUCUUUCCACAGGCAGCAUCCACAUGAAUGGAACAUACACUGUCGCUGUUGCCAAAGAGAUAGAAAAUAACCAAAGUCUAAUGCACAAAGACCCAGACCUCGAUCAGGCAGUCACUGGAAGAAUGAACGACUCGUGGACGGCUGAAGAGAAACUCAAAAUCGUGGACUUUGCAGAAAAAUUUGGCAACAGAGCAGCCGGACGUCGGUUCAGUGUUGGAGAAUCUAAUAUACGCAAUUGGAGAAGGCAGGAAGAUGAACUGGCAUCCAUGCCUAGCAGCAAACGAGCUAAUAGAGAUGUAUCGACUCCUCCUUCCAGUAGUAUCACGACAACAAGUGGCAGUGGCAAAAAACGUAGCCAGGCCGGAAUGGUCGAUGGAAUACAUGCCCAGGGCCCAGGGGGACAAACUGUCCCACCCAAACGUCGCAAAAUUGGGCGAAAUGAUGGGUCUGGAGAGGACAAUAGAAAUGACUACUUCUGUUGGCUCUGUCACAAGGAGGGAACAGUGAUUUGCUGUGAGCUUUGUCCCCGCGUCUACCACACAAAGUGUCUCAAUCUCGGCCUUAAGCUUCCCAAGGACUGGGUGUGUCCUGAGUGUGAGAAGAUCAUGAGAGCAGAAUGCAUUGAUACACGUUCAAAGGCCAUGUCUAUGAUCAGCAUAGACACUCUAUGUACACUUCUAAAGUACGCACUGGAAAGGAUGACACACCAAGGGAGUGACCCGUUUAUGAAGCCAGUUGACCUAAGUGCUGUUCCCUAUUACACUGACUAUAUCUACAAUGCUAUGGAUCUCGGCCAGUUAGAAAGGAACAUUAAGAAGAAAAUGUAUGGCUGUACAGAGGCCUUCUUGGCUGAUGCCAAAUGGAUCCUUCACAACUGCAUCAUCUUCAACGGCACCCAUCAUAAACUGACGAGUAGCGCCAAGAUGAUAAUCAAGAUCUGUAAGCAUGAGAUGAACGAGAUAGAGUUAUGUCCAGACUGCUAUUGGAACUCUUGUGUUCGUAAGAAUGAUGAAUGGUUUAGUGAGACAUGUAGAACGCCUCACACACUUGUCUGGGCCAAACUGAAGGGAUACCCAUUCUGGCCUGCAAAGGCACUAAGGGAGGAAGAUGACCAGGUGGAUGUUCGAUUCUUUGGAGCCCACGACAGGUCAUGGGUACCGACAUCUCAGGUCUACAUGCUGUCUAAGGACAUCCCAACACCUGCCAAAAACAAAAGAGGAGGUUUUGAAAAUGCUAUGGAAGAAUUAGAAAUUCACAUCAAGAAGAUAAGGGAGAAAUUUGGACACUUUGAAUAUGCAAGCUUCAGGAUGCCAUAUGAUAAAAAUCACGUCUACUUCCACAACAAAAUGAAGCAGCCUUUCAGGAAGGUGCGGCAGGCAACUCGCAACCAGAAAUUCUCGCCCAAAUCAAAAUCAUACACAGUCAAACAUGUUUAUACAAACAAAAGUUCGUCUGACAGUAGUCCAACAAAGGUUGAAAAACAGUCAGUGAUGCUGAAAACAGCUGAUGCUGUCCGGAAUAAAUAUAGUACUAUGAUAACGACACGGCGUGCAGUUAAUGAAGGCACACAAAGUCGCACGGAAACUAAAGUGCAGGCAAAUACAUCUGACAAAAUGGACUUUAGUGUCGGACAGACAAAUCGUGUAUAUGUUCAGCCUAGUGUCGGACAGACAAAUCGUGUAUAUGUUCAGCCUAUUUCAACAGUUCCUCCAACAAAAGGUUCUCCUCCGAUGGUGAUCCCUACCAAUUUGAUAAAAGUGGUCAAACUUCCUUCGUCCAAAGUAAAUACCAUCAUUGUGAAGCAGGGGGAUAUUGAACGUAAGGUUAUUAUUCAGCAGCCAGAGAUUCAGGCCAAGGUCAGCAUUGUUGACAAAGUCCAGGACAAGAUUAAACAAAUGAACGCAGAUAAUCUUGAUGACGAAACUGACACCUCUCAAUCAAAACUACAGGACAAUGAUGGCCUAAGCAGUAGUGUUAUUUCCGAGGAUAAAGACAAAAAAAUGCAAAAUGAUAGUACAGAUGUUAUCUCAGAUCAGAAAGUAGAUAAAAUGUUGGAGGAGAAAUCUGAUACGAAUGCUACGGCCAGUCUCGCUGAUAAAAUGGACACUGAUGACAGUGAAGAUAUCACAGAUUCUGGCCAUCACAAAGAAAGUAGUGUGUCGCCCUCGAAGGAAAUCUACCUCGCAAAUCUGCAGAAGACUAUUCAGUCAUGCAAAGAGAAACUGGGAUUGAGUGAUGACUCUGUGUUGUCAGAUGAGAUAGUGGAUGACGAUGAGGAGGAGGAGGAGGAGGAGGAGGAAGAAACACAGAGUGCAGAUGAUGAAAAAGCUGAUUUUAUUGAUGAAAACAAGAAAAACAAUGUUUCCAUGGAAACUGAUGCAUCUACUGAUGUGACAAUGUCAUCGGCUAAUGAUUCAACGGAAAAUGGUGAAAAAUCAGAUUCCACUGUCGUUAAGUUAGAUGUCAAGGUGGAGGAUUUGCCAGAAAUGGAAGAGAAGUCAGAGACUGAAAAGGAGGUGACAGAUUUGGAAUCUGGGCAUAGUGUUGAUCAGACAUCAAGUGUUCCGGAUAAAUCAGAGGGAUCAACUGAGCAGAAAGAGGGUCCAAACAGGGAGUAUUCCCAGGAUUCAAAGGAUCGUGAUGAUCAGAGAAGGGAGCAUUCCAAGGAUUCAACGGAUCAACAACAUGAAAGUGUUGAUCCUGGUUCAGUAGUGAGCAAGGAAGGUUCAGAGGAAAUACACAAAGAUACAAAAGAGGAAUCAUCACCUCAAAAGAAUGUACAGUUAGACAAAAAUGAUUCAAAUUUGAUUGUACUGGAGGCAAAUUCUCAGUCAAGUCAAUCAGAUUCGAAAGACACAGAUGUCUCCAAUGAAGCUAGAGUAGAACCUUUAGGGGAGGUUGAUGAGGAAUCUAACCUUGUCAUGGAGACAGAUUCCGACACAGAUAAUUUAGUGAUGGAUCUUAGUGAGGAUGAUCCGUCCAUUAGGACACCAAAACCUCUAACUCUAACUCCAACCAAGCCGCCUGUGAGAAUAUCACCCCCUGUUGUUAAACCCAGCACUAGUGAUAAAUUCAAACAGAUAGAUUUAACAGGAGUGAAUAAGGUGGUAAUUGUGAAACAGACAUCCUCGUCAGAUGAAAACAAUUCAAAAUCUCUGUCAAACAUUUCUGCCAAACCUUUCACCGCCAAAUCUCCUCAUUCCAGGAAAUCGCCUGCCAUGGUCAGUAAGCAUGUCCCUUCCGCAGAGUUCUUCCAGAAUGCUGUGGAGCAGACCAUGAAAUCUCCUAACUCCAGCUUGGAGAAGUCCAUGGAUACAGAAUCCGAUCUGAUAGAGAAUUCUGUUGUUCCAGCUCACUCUGAAAUCAUCUCAAAGUUUACAAAGAAGCUGAUGGGGUCUAUACAGGGAACCUUUGAGAUGAUGUGUAGUGAAUUCAUUUCUCAAGAACUUCAACCCAAGAAUGUGACAAAAGAUCUGCAGGCAGAGAUACAGAAGAUAAGAUGGGAGCAACAUCAACAGAUUUUGGAACUCAAACACAACUUCCAACUGACCAUGGCCGAGAUGAAGUCUUGCUGGGAGGCAGAGAAGCAACGGAUUGUGGCGGAGAUGAACAGUAUGAAUAGCAAAGAGAAGGAAAAAGCUAUUAACGAGACCAAGAGAAAACAAUGGUGUGCCAGCUGUGGUAAGGAAGCCAUAUUCUACUGCUGCUGGAAUACAAGUUACUGUGACUAUCCCUGUCAACAGGCCCACUGGCCAAAACACAUGCCCACGUGUAUGCAGACACAACAAGCACAGGCUUCAGCUAAUGAAAAGGAGUUAAGUGAUAAGGAUAGCCAAUCAGCUGCAGCGCCUUCGUCAGGUAUCAAUACCAGUGUACAAGAUCCAGACAAGGUUAUGGAGACGUCUGGUUCAAAGUCCGUGACUGGAAAUAUGGCCGUGUCUUCUGUGUCAAAACAAAUGACUCCGGUGUUGGGUAGCGGAGAGAGCCCCAUUGAUGUAGAGAUGGAGAGGCCCCACCCUCAGCAGUGGGAACAGACCAGUAUUCAGCCUGUACGCCAGGACGUCACCUCGUACAUGUGUCCGCCUCCUCCGCAGCACCAAGCUCCUCCUCCAGGGGCUAUACAAGUAACCCAGGGAGGACUUCAGUUCACAUCCAUUGUCCCCUCCCCCGGGGCACCCUCUCCACUUAACCAGGAACAAAUGAUGCAGAAGAAGAAAACAAAUUGUCACGGAUGGUCGGAGCAGAGUAUGAGUGAGGCGUACAAUGCAGUAAUGACAGGUGGGAUGUCUGUAAACAAGGCCGCCAAGGUAUUCCAGGUCCCGCGAAUACGUCUGGCUGACCGAAUCGCUGCACUCGGAAAGUCAGCAGCACAAUUCCCACCAGGAAAUGGGGGUCAGCAGAUCCCACAAGGAUCCAGUAACCCGCAGAUGUUGUCCGGGAGUUCCCACAUCGUGACUAGCCAGCCCAUCCUACAGUAUGUCCAGUCACCUCAGCCUAUAAUCUCAUUACCUCCCAGCUCCUUACCUGUCCAGCAGUUCACACCACAGAUGGGGAUGCAGACAGUACAGGUUCAGGGUCAACCGACACCAACUGGUCUCGUGCAAAACCAACAGGCUAUCGUCCAAAACCGCUCACUCGUUCAACCCAAUAGUUCGGUCCUCUUCCCAAUGAAUGUGGCUGGAGGAGUCAUGCCUGGAAACCUUGUCUUCUCCCAGGCUGGCCCUCGUCCGUACCAGAUACCAAGGCCCUACUAGAGUGGGUGUGGGCAUUUCUACAGCAUUGGGGUGAUGGGCAGUGAUCAGGGAGAGAUUGGAUCUUUAGAGGAUAAUAACUCCUCGUAGGCCCUCGGCUCCUACAGGGCUGAUGUCCAGUUAUAGGUAACAGAUUAGAUCUUGAUAAAAAAUAUAAGACAACUUAGGCCCUCCUCGAGCACAUGGCAAAUGAACAGUUAAGAAAAAAUAAGACAACUUAGGCCCUCCUCGAGCACAUGGCAAAUGAACAGUUAAGAAAAAAUAAGACAACUUAGGCCCUCCUCGAGCACAUGGCAAAUGAACAGUUAA